AUGAAUCGUAGUUCUGAUUGGAUAGUCGUUUUCCUUUAGUUUGGUACGUUCUUCGUGUUGUUCCUUACGCAAAGCAGCAACCUGGAACAGCAGGUGCAGCCAUGGACCUGGUGCUGAAUGUGGCGGACCGUUACGUCCUCACUCCAUAUGUUUACCCGGCAUCCUGGCCUGAAGACGGCGCCCUGCGGCAGAUCCUCAGCCUUUUAGUGGUGACCAACCUGGGGGCGGCCAUCCUGUACCUGGGCCUGGGAGCCAUCAGUUAUUUCUUCAUUUUUGACCAUGAUCUGAUGAAACACCCACACUUUUUAGAGAAUCAGGUUCUAAGGGAAAUCAAGUAUGCAAUGACCUCUCUGCCGUGGAUCAGCGUCCCCACUGUGGCCUUGUUUUUCGCUGAAGUUCGAGGAUACAGCAAACUGUACGACAACGUGGGCGACUCUCCGCUGGGUUGGCCCGGACUCUUCCUCAGCAUGAUCUCAUUCCUGUUAUUUACGGACAUGUGCAUCUAUUGGAUCCACCGCUUCCUGCACCACAAGCUUAUUUACAAGCUUUUCCACAAACCGCACCACAUCUGGAAGAUCCCCACCCCUUUCGCCAGCCACGCCUUCCACCCGGUGGACGGCUUCCUGCAGGGGCUGCCCUACCACAUCUACCCCUUCCUCUUCCCCCUCCACAAGGUUCUCUACCUGCUCCUUUACGUCUUCGUCAACAUCUGGACCAUCUCCAUCCACGACGGCGACUACCGCGUCCCCGACACCCUCACGAGCGUCAUCAACGGCUCCGCCCACCACACCGACCAUCACCUCUUCUUCGACUACAACUACGGGCAGUACUUCACGCUGUGGGACCGCCUGGGGGGCUCCUACAGGCACCCGUCGGCGCUGAUGGGGAAGGGUCCUCUGGAAGUGGUCCGUAGACUCCAGGCAGAAGGGAAGCUGAGCGGCCGGGGGAAGACGAAAGAGCACGCCAGCGGACAUACGCAGAACGGACGCAAAGACGAGUAAAAGGAGGCGGGGCUAGUCAGCGAUGAACGCCAUUCACAGAGACAAUGCGCUACGCUCGUAAAGGCGGGUCUGAGAGUUCAUGUUUGCCAUGUUUCCUUCUAUGAGGGGCGGGGUCAGAGUCGUAUAAUAGCAGGAUGGAAAAUGAAAGCUCGGGUAAACGGCAGCACUUUUCAUUCCAGCCGUUCGUCUGCCUUCAGCUUUCUUCUGUUCAUCCCGAGGGCCUGAAUUUGUUCGAGUCAUUUCGCUUUGCAGAUUUUUCCAUGUGCUCGUCUCAUCGCAAAGCCAGUUUUUAAUUUGCAGGGGGGAAAAAUUAACUGACUGACCUCUCUACUGCAGAAAAAACCCCAAAUGAUAACACUUUCACCACCGUGCUGAAGAGGAGAUGUAACACUUGCUUUCUUCUUUAAUUUUUUUCUUUUUUUUUGGCCAAACUUUGCACUCUGCCUCCCAGACUGGCUAACAAAGUGAACAUUUGAUAUUUUUUUUUUCCCUAAAGCAAAAAGCUCUAAACUGCAGAUAAUUAAACAUCCAACUAUACGCCUCUGGUUCUGCCUGUGGUCCCUAAAUGAAACGAAACGUUCUUUAAAUGUCUAUUCAGACCAGAUUCUGCUGACGGUGUCUCGAUCGGGAACCGUUCCGUCAGACAUGCAGAACCCUCCAGCUUUUGUCUGAAAGUCAGAUUUGCCACCACGUAUUAUUAAUGCACUUUUAUACGGAUCACAACCACAAACGGAUCUUACAUACCUGUUAUAAAAUGUUUGCACGUCGCCAUUUGUUUUCAUUUUUCACCAAUAAAAUCAAAGCAUCAUAGGAGGACGACUCAACAUUGAGUUGGAAGCUGCUUUUUGGGUUAAAUAAUGAUCAUAGGAAAUGUACAAUCUGUGUUCAAACUUUGUAAAAUUCUAAAUAAACGUCUAAAAUUUCCAA